GGUGAUAUUUUGGUGCACGCAGUAUGUGAUGAGAGAGGAAAACUCUUCGAAUUGGCCCAGACGGUGUUGAACGAUAUGCCGAAAGGCGCGGUGCAGCGUGUGGAAGAGACGUACGGCUUUACCUAUCGCGAUGGUCGUGACUUGAGCGGAUUUGUUGAUGGUACAGCGAAUCCUGCCGACACGACUGACCGCAUUGUGGCUGCAGUCAGCGAGACGACGGGUGGAAGCUACGUCCUCACCCAACGAUGGUUGCAUGACAUGAAGAAGAUUGCCACCGAGAACUUGAAAACAAUGGAAGCCAAUGUGGGCCGGACAAGAGAUACCAACGUUCGGAUUGAGCCUAUUGCUCCCACCUCACACAUUGGACGGGUAAAACGCAGCGCGGAGGACACAAGUGGCACAGGGGGUCGGAUGGUGCGCCACUCACUGCCAUACGGCACUGCCUCCGGUGAAUGUGGCCUCUUUUUCAUCGCCUACGCGAGGUCACCGCACAUCUUUGAAUGGGCGUUGGAUCGCAUGACAGGACUGUCGCACGACCAUAUCGAGGACGGACUGUUCCGAUUCACUCGUCCACUCACUGGAGCCUACUUCUACUCACCGAGUCGUGUGGAGUUGGAAAAUAUUUUAAGGGGAGGUGGGGGUUUUGGGGGCAGGAGUUUUGGACUGUAA